AUGAUUGCAAUCCGCGUGAUAAUUUGUUUAUUCGUUUCGUUUGUCGCUACGGUUCAAUCCAGUGCUAAGUAUGUAAGCUCUUCGUGCAUUUCUCAAGCCUCGUUAUACCAGUUUGGAUGUACUAGUAAUAAAAAAACUGUAAGUUGUUACUGUAAAAAUAUCAACUGGCUCGGCUCCGUCACUGCAUGUGUCUAUGAAAACUCCAAAUACAAUAAGACACUCGACAGUGCCUUGAUGAAAAUCGCUGCUCAAUGUUCGAGUAACAAAUCCUACACUUUGGACGACAUGAAGAAAAUUUAUUUAAACGCCUCCAUGUAUUUGAGAGCCCCUGCGAAAACAGAUAUGAAGGUUCUCGUUAAUCAACCUCUAAAGGCAAACGAGACAGCCUAUCAUUAUUACUAUAAAACAAGUUAUCUUAGUUAUCUCGGUCGAAUUCGUUCUCAAUGGUUCGGUUGGGGUCUCGUCUUCUUUUGGACAGCCGUGCUUACUAUCGCUACUAUUCUCAAUGUUAUGAAAAAGGUAUUUGGCAAAAGCAUUAUGCCAAACUCUGUCAAAAAAUCACUAAUUUAUCCCU